GUACAUCAUCGACUCGUCUGAACCGAGUAUGGCGUGAACGGCAUCCCACAGCUUAAAGUUGCCCUUUGGAAAUCCCAGACUGCGCUUGCGAAGCUCCAUUCUAAAAAAAACCAGAUGAUUAUUUUUUAGACAGGAAAUUUGCAACAACCUUAUCAUUGUAGUACCUAUAUUCCUGGGAGAGAUUGGCGAUGCGGGUUUUGACUUCGGUGCUCGACCUUGAGUAGCCUCUCUCCUGCAGCAACCUGGCCAUCUCGUCAAGCAUGAAGCCGUUUCUCUUGGUGGUCUUCAUCUCCUGCACCCGCUCGCCCCACAGCUGCAGCAGCGCUAAGGUCUCUGCUUCACCCCAAUUCGGGCUGCGUCUUUUCCGCUGCUCCGCUAAGCACAUUACACAUGCCACCAUUUUUCAUUGCGUCUCACACAUUUGCAGACAAAAAACACCCUCCAACUAUAGGAGGUCGCUACAAAAUUGACUCAACAAAAAGGAAACCACACACCAGUGACUUAAUUGUCACAGGUAGUUUUAAGUAAAUAACAACGCCAGAAGAAAAAGCCAAAUCAAUUUUAAAAUAAAAGAAAAUAAAAUUUUGUUUAAAGAUUUAAUUUCAGUCGCUUACUCUCUUGUUUGUUGUACAACUUCCAUCCACUGUAAGGCCCUUGGUUUGCUUCGAGGAGUUCUGUGAUGAUUUGCUGCGAACUCUCUCCGAGCUCAGCAACUGCAAGAAGGUCUGAUUUACACAAAGCGGACUUUCAUGUCUGAAACUACUUCCGAGACUCACAAAAAUAAGUCUGGAGCAACGACAAACGGCUCAGGUGGACCAGUUCCUCCUCCACCACCACCGUCUUUGCCCAAUUUUGGAAAUGCUGAAGAAUCAAAAUCUCCAGAAAUCGAAAUCGAGUCUCAUGAGGCUGUUGUGCAAAAACUCGUCAAAAAAUUGUGCGAUUGGGGCUCAUUGGGAGGCUCAGCCGCACUAGUAAUUUCAAGACACGUCCAGCAUAUUCCACAAAUAGGACCAAAAUGUGGAAUCGUUGCUCUGAAUAUGGCGCUAUCCGUGUUUCUCCAGCAACCUAUCACCGUGGACGAAAUUCUGAAUGUGGCUCGAGAGAGAAAAUACACAAACCACGGAGAAAUGUUCUGCGCCGAAAAUCUGAAGAAACUUGCCACUCAUUUUUUACCAAACAACGAAGUUCAAUCUCUACACUCAGGACACCUGCGUAACCAAGAAUUUAUUGCUGAAACAUUGGCAGCUGGAGAUCUGCUUCUUGUGCCUUAUGACUCGUCUCGAAACUUUUCACCGGAGUGUCUCAAAGGUCAUAAAGCGCAUUGGGCCAUAAUCACCGGAAUAAUAAUUCCAAUAUCUCAACCAUCUUCUAACCCACCCUUGCCCGCUUACAAAAAUCUACCUCCAGGCCCUGAAGCGCUGCAGGAAGUUAAAAAGUACUUGCCAGUGAGUUGCCUCCAUGUACUGGCGUUGCAGGGAAAGAGCAGACACCUCAGCGCGUGGCCUUUGACAGACUUGGUUACAAGCAACGAAAACCUGGUUCAGAUUGACCCUGAGAGGGAGGCCAGUGAUCUGGAAUACAUUGUACCUGAGGGAGGACUGAAACAGGGACUUUGCGGAAAAGCUCUUCUCUUGAAACGUCCAAACUAAAAUAUCUCAAAUUCUUCUAAUCAAUGCGUGAUCAAAUGGAUAAAUAAUAUUGUGUUACUAAGGAAUGUUGAAUAAAAGUUUUAUUUGCUUUUUGUAAA